GAAAUAUUCCGCUAGAGGACGCUGUAGUACUGUACACAUUGACCUAGAUCAAGAUGGCGUCCCAGGUAAACUUUGACAAAGUUGUCCGGGGACGAAGAGUUGUUUUACCGGACGAAAUAUGUCCAGCAGAGAUCUGCAUCAAGGAUGGAGUCAUCGCAGAGAUUAGAAAAGGCAACUCUUCCUCGUUUGGAGCUGGAUUGGAGGUGAUAGACGCGGGAGACUUGUAUGUGAUGCCCGGCGUUGUUGACAGCCAUGUUCACGUUAACGAACCCGGCCGUACAGAGUGGGAGGGUUACGUCACUGCCACCCGGGCCGCAGCAGCUGGAGGGAUCACCACUAUCGUGGACAUGCCUCUCAACAGCAUCCCUUCCACCACUACCUUAGAUGCCUUCCAGACAAAGAUGGACACAGCAAGGGACAAGCUGUAUGUGGAUGUGGCCUUCUGGGGAGGGGUGGUCCCUGGUAACGAGGGGGAGCUGCGGGCCAUGAUAGCAGCAGGUAUAUCUGGGUUCAAGUGUUUCCUCAUCCACAGCGGGGUGGAUGAGUUUCGCCAUGUCACAGAGCCAGACCUACGCACGGCCAUGCAGGCUCUACAGGGAACCAACAGUGUUUUACUUUUCCAUGCUGAAGUGGACCAACCUAUUGGUACACAGACCAGUACCAGUCCUCAGGUAUACCAGACCUUCCUGCAGUCCAGACCAAAGGCUAUGGAGAACCAUGCUAUACAGCUGGUGUCGGACAUGUGUCAGCAGUAUGGGGUUCGGUGCCAUAUUGUACACCUGUCCUCUGCUGAAGCCCUGCCCAUCAUCAGGCAGGCCAGACAGCUGGGGUUACCCCUGACAGUGGAGACGUGUCAUCACUACCUGACAUUCUGUGCUGAAGACAUCCCAGACAGGGCCACACAGUUCAAGUGUUGUCCUCCCAUCAGAGAGAGGACUAAUCAGGAGCAUCUGUGGCAUGCACUAGAGGCAGGAGACAUUGACAUGGUUGUGUCAGACCACUCACCCUGCACUGCUGAUCUCAAACUACUGGACACUGGGGACUUUGUAGCUGCAUGGGGAGGGGUGGCUUCUGUACAGUUUGGCCUGUCCCUGUUCUGGACUAACGCUGCCCAGAGGAACCUGACAGUUCGUGACCUUGUAAACUGGAUGUGUGUCGCGACCUCUGACCUGUGUGGCAUGGGUCACAGGAAGGGGUCACUGGAGGUCGGGAAGGAUGCUGACCUGGUGAUCUGGGACCCUGACAGUACUUUCACAGUCACUAAAGACAUCAUUCAACAUAAGAACAAGGUGACCCCGUACCUGGGUAAAGUGCUGAAGGGUGUGGUACACAGGACGCUGGUACGGGGAAACACUGUCUACAACAGCGGUACCUUCUCCAGCCAGCCAAUGGGGAAAAUGCUACUCAAACCUACAACUAAAUAAUAAGUUUAUAGGGAAAUACAACUACCAAAUGAAAUAUCUUUAUGUCAUAGCAAGCUUCCAAUAAAAUGUCAUUAAGUGUAGGAUCAUAAUCUACAAGCAGAUUUACCGGUGGCAUAGAACAGUAUAAAAAGCCGGCCAAGCAGUGUGCAACCGGCAUCUGUUGGACACUGCUUGGCUGGGUUUUGAUGCUGUCCUAUGCCACUGGUAAAUCUGCUUGAAACCAAACUGUACUACAAUCAACUACCUCACUUACAAUGGACAAUUUUUAAAGAAAUGUAGUUUUGAUGACAUGAAAUAAGGCACUGACAAGAGCAAUAUGUACUACAAAAAUGUAUAUAGAUGAGAUUUUUAUAUCAAUUAUAUAGAAUAUAAUAAUUCCCAAAUGUGCAAAGAGAUUUACAGAUUGUGGCUGUGCUUUAUGCUUCCAUGUAGCAUAUGACAAUACAUUUGAGAGUUUUUAAUUAUUUAUGUAAAGAAAGUAAUUUAUUGUGUUGUAAAAAAUAUCACCUUAAAUUUGUGUGGCAGUGAUCGUUUUUUUCUACAGCCUUCUUUCUGUACUGAUUGUUUUUUCCACAUGUUCCAAAACAUAAUAAAUGUUAGAAAAUGCACUUUGACAGUUUCCAAAUCCCCAAUAUCAAAAACAUUACGCAAUAUUAAGUGUAUACGUAAGAUGCAAUGUUUGACAAAAGGGGGGUCAAGGUUUGAUUUUCAUAACUAGACAACAUUUGGCACUUUAAGGCAAAUUUGUUUUCAAUAAAAGACUUGAAAAGAAAAGCACCAACAAGACUGGUGUCCCUGUCCCUGGUGCUGAAUGACACAUAAAAUAGCCUCCUGUGCCUAGUGCUGAAUGAUAAGGCUACUAGACUAGACUUAGCUACAAUACUGAUUUCCCUGUUGCUGAAUGACAACAUGACUGGUGUGCCUGUCUGUUGUGCUGAAUGAUAUAGCUACAAAACUCGUGCCACUAUCCUUGCUGUUUUAUGAUAUACUAGUAGCUAUACGACUGGAGCCCCCUGUCCCUGGUGCUGAAUAAUAUAGCUACAAUGGCCCUUGGAUGUUGAAAGCCAGUAC